AUAAAACCAAGGAGAAGUCUUCUCUGUGUCCAGAUAUUUACUACAUCUAAAGCAAGUCUAGAAUUGAGCGGCUUAACACGUUACACCACGAUUUUCAAAGAUCGCCUUUGCUCUCCCAAAUACCUACCUACCUAGGUGGCCCUACAUACUCACAAUGGGGAAGGCCAAGAAAUUUCUGGAGGAUUUUAUCAGUAAAAUCCCAGAUGAAAAGUUGUCAGGCUCCGCCUAUCGUCAAAUUUUGUAUAAGGAUACUGAUUUUUGGUUGGAAGGAGCUGGGCUGACUCCCGACGAGCCGAAAAAAUUUAUUAUCGAAAUUAGAAUGUCGAGAAACACAAAGUUGUCGUCCCUCGGAAAGUUUCGCCCUACUACGGCUUUGACAAACGCGCUGGUCCCCCAGAAUGGUUCAUGGAGUUCCAAGAUGAUUCGUGAUGAGCUUCUAUCAAACAUUGUGCUUCUUGAUUAAGGCAUCAAAUAAUAAUUGUUCAAGCUAGCGAGAGAGUGAGAUAGUAUAUACGAGAAAACAUAUUGUAGGUAGUCUAGAAUAUGAUGAAGUUGGAGGUUAGAUUCUGGAAUAUCCCUGGAAGGGCAGUUAUUUUGUCGCAAGUGAU